CGGCUCCCGAGCUCGGCGGUGCGGCCUUCCCCGCCCCCUCCCGCUCCUCCCGCCCGCUUCCGCCCGGCUUUUUCUCCUGUUUCGACCAAAAACAAAAACAAAAACAAAAAAACCAAAAACGAGCGGCCGCCAAGCCAUGGGAGACAAGAAGAGCCCUACCAGGCCGAAGCGGCAGCCGAAGCCGUCCUCGGAUGAGGGCUACUGGGACUGCAGCGUCUGCACCUUCCGGAACAGCGCCGAGGCCUUCAAGUGCAUGAUGUGCGAUGUGCGGAAGGGCACCUCCACCCGAUCCACAUUCUUUGAAGUUAUUGUGAAUGCCUCGAGGACCAAGGAACCGUUGAAAUUUCCAAUUUCAGGAAGGAAACCUCGGCCUGUCUCCCAGUUGGUGGCACAGCAGGUUACCCAGCAGUUUGUGCCCCCUACACAAUCAAAGAAAGAGAAAAAAGAGAAAGUAGAAAAAGAAAAAAGUGAAAAGGAAACAACUAGCAAAAAGAACAGUCAUAAGAAAACCAGGCCAAGAUUAAAAAAUGUGGAUCGGAGUAGUGCUCAACACUUGGAAGUUACAGUUGGAGAUCUGACAGUCAUUAUUACAGACUUUAAGGAGAAAACAAAGUCGCCGCCUGCAUCCAGUGCUGCUUCUGCAGACCAGCACAGUCAGAGCGGCUCCAGCUCUGACAACACAGAGAGGGCAAUGUCCAGAUCAUCCUCCCCAAGAGGAGAAGCCUCGUCAGUGAACGGAGAGUCGCAUUAAAGAUUAUUUUCUCGGGUUUCUUAGUCACUUCUGUCCUACCAUGCAGAUACACAAGAAUAUGCCAAGAAGCACCACAUUUUCAUGACAAACGGAGUUGUGCACAAUCCAUAACUUGAGUUUUACAUAAUAUAUACAUUGGUAAGAAUUUGUUAAGAGUUUAUUGCAAUCUCUACUGACCAAGCAUUUCCCAAUUUAACAUUUUGGUCUCUGCAGUCAAGUGCCAUGAAAAUGUGGUUGAAUUAUUCAUUAUGCAGUGUUAUUGGUAAGUCUAUUUUCACUUUUAGUUUAGUGAAUUCUAACACAUAAUUCUUGAAUUCUCUAUCGGCAUGUAACGAGUUUAAAUUUUUUAUUACAUAGUGCAAGCUGCCUAAAUAUGUAUUAUUUGAGAAUUGUGAAACAAAUAGUUAUAUGUACACAAGUCAAAGAUCAACUUAAUCAACUAUUACUGCAACAGAAUUUUCUUAAUGGUUAUCCUCUUAAAGACACCUGCUGGUACUUGGUGUGGUUAAUAAAUAGGAAGGUUGUUAUUAAAUAAAGCAUUUCUAUGAACAUUUGCCAAUAUUUUGACACAUUUUGCUAAAUUAUUGUUUCUGAAUUAUGUUUCUGGUUUUAUCCAUUUUUUGUGAUUUUGUUUUUGUGUUUGCUUAUUUUUCAAAACAUCUGUUGUCAUGUUUACUAGCAGACUAGUAAACAAUAAAGCUUUGAUUAUUUAGUUUUAUAAUUCAGGUUUAGUGCUGUUGUCAUUGAACACUGGUAUUUUCUGUAUUAUAUAAAACAUUAAAAUUCAAGUAAUUAUAAGCAUUUGGCAAAAUAGAAAAGAAACUUGCCAUAUUUUAAAAGCUGCAAUUUUGGAAAAGCUUUAACUUAAUGAUAGUUUUAUCACUGUUUCCUUGUUUCAAACUUAUCCAGGGUCAUAGAGUUAUGAAUCUAAUACAAAAAUGGGAACUGUUGCACAGAGCUUGGAAAUAACUAAUCUUGUCAGUUUAAUUGGCCUCUAAUGAAAUAUAACAGUUCUGUGAAAAUCAUAAUACUCUAUUCUCAGUCACAACUGCCAAUUUAUGCAUUUAUCAAUACCCAGAAAUAAAAAGAUAUUACAGCCCCACUCACCAUUAUGUACAAUUACCAAUAAAAUAUUUUUAUGACUACA